UGUGAUUGCAAUAAGAAAGUCUCAGUGGAUCAUCCAUCAGUCAUCGCACUUAUGUACAUAUAUACAUAUGUAUAUACAUAUAUCUAGUAUACUCGUACAUAUAUAUAAUAAGGCGUGCGCGUGGUGAAAAUCGUUUCGAUUCAGAGCAAGAAGUGCUUAAAUAAAAUCCGAACAUAUGUGUUACAAUGCAAAACUGUUUUGAUACGAACAAUAACAGUUGAAAUAAUUAUCGUCGAUACUUAGUAUCAGAGCAACAAGAAAAAAAAAGAAAGAACAAGCCGUUUGCUGCUCUGGCUUCUGCUUCUCAUUCCGUAUAGAAUUCGUUUUUGGUUCGCUACGCUCGCUCUCAUACUUGUUUUGUGUUUUGUGCCCUCGUUCGUUAAGGGCAAGGACAGUGAAUAAAUUAAAUACAGCUGAUUUCCUCUCUGUGUGCUAAGAUUGACACAGACGGGCUCUACAAUAAGAACUACAACAACAACUGCUGAGGCAAGCACACACACACACGCACACACUUUAAACGGUAAACGCACAGAAGCUUUGGGAACUACAAGAGACGGGGAACGCAUGCGCAAAGCACCGUCAGAGACAAACAUACGAAGAAGCCUAACAAAACAAAAUAAAUCGUGUAAACAGCAGCUGAGCAGCUGAGCAGCCGACGCCGCCGUGAAAGCAAAAUCUCAAUCUCAGUCUCGCAGCCCCAUAGUCUCCGCUGCUUAUUUAAAACGCCGACGCGGCAGCAACAAUCAAUCAGAACAUUUAAAGCCGCUCAGCGUGCAGCAUCGCAUGCCGAGCUUACGCAACAACAGCGAGUAAGUGUGGAAACACAGUUAGGACAGGCAGAUUGCUUUCAAAGUGAUUGCCGGCUAAAUAAAAAUAAAUAAGAGAAGAGAAUAAUAAUAAAAAAGUUGAAGCCACAAACCGACGUGCUUGCCCGAUAAAUUAAACAAUUAGUGUUUUCAUUCUGCUGUCAGCACUGACCAAACAUUAGCAAAUCAAUUCACGAAGUUUUGCAAUUUGCAUUUCAAUCGUUUAUUUCGAUUGUGAAACAAAACCCAGCGAACAAUCAUCAAAGUGCAACGCGUGUUAAGCAAUCGAAUACAAUCGCACUACCGAUUACCAAUUCGAAAUACACACACAGAAUCAACUUUAAAGAGAUCUAAUAAGCCUUAACACACAAUCACCACAAUGUCUACGUCCAAGGAACAAAUAUUUUCCAGCACAGAGAAGGAUAUCGAGAAACCUGAGCUUGGAAUCAAGACAACACGGUACUUUGUCACGUUCAUGCUCUUCCUGGGCAUGGCCAACGCCUAUGUGAUGCGCACAAAUAUGUCCGUGGCAAUUGUAGCCAUGGUCAAUCAUACAGCUAUUACAGAUGGUCAUGAGGAGCUUGUGGACGAUGAAUGUCCCGACCGAGAGUUGCCCAGCAUUGAUAAUGGGCAAGAUGGCGAUUUCGUUUGGAAUUCGAAACUGCAAGGAUUCAUUUUAUCCUCGUUCUUCUACGGCUAUGUCAUCACACAAAUCCCGUUCGGCAUUCUGGCCAAGAAAUAUGGAGCACUACGUUUCCUGGGCUGGGGCAUGUUAAUCAACUCGGUGUUCGCAUUCCUUGUGCCUGUGGCAGCGCGUGAAGGCGGCGUCUGGGGUCUGUGCAUUGUGCGUUUCAUUCAGGGAUUGGGCGAGGGUCCCAUUGUGCCCUGCACUCACGCCCUCUUGGCCAAAUGGAUUCCACCCAAUGAACGUUCACGCAUGGGUGCCGCAGUCUAUGCGGGAGCUCAGUUUGGAACAAUUAUAUCAAUGCCGUUGUCUGGAUUGCUGGCUGAAUACGGAUUCGAUGGUGGCUGGCCAUCGAUAUUCUAUGUGUUUGGAGUGGUGGGCACCAUUUGGUCCAUUGCUUUUCUGAUUAUGGUCUUCGAGGAUCCAUCGUCACACCCGCGCAUAGAUGAGCGCGAAAAGAAGUACAUCAACGACUCGUUGUGGGGCGCCGAUGUGGUGAAGAGCCCUCCCAUACCUUUCAAGGCCAUCAUAAAAUCGCUUCCUUUCUAUGCGAUUCUCUUUGCACACAUGGGUCACAACUAUGGCUAUGAAACUCUGAUGACUGAACUACCCACCUACAUGAAGCAGGUGCUGCGAUUCUCGCUCAAGUCUAAUGGUCUGCUCUCCGCUCUGCCCUAUCUCGCUAUGUGGCUGUUCUCCAUGUUUAUUUCGGUUAUUGCGGAUUGGAUGAUCACAUCGAAGCGCUUCACACACACCUCGACGCGCAAGAUCAUCAACAGCAUCGGUCAGUACGGACCUGGUCUAGCGCUCAUAGCUGCCUCCUACACGGGCUGCGAUCGCGCACUGACCCUAGCGAUACUCACAAUUGGUGUGGGUCUGAAUGGCGGCAUCUACUCGGGCUUUAAGAUCAAUCAUCUGGAUCUGACUCCUCGAUUCGCUGGCUUCCUCAUGGCUAUCACGAAUUGUUCGGCCAACUUGGCAGGUCUCCUGGCACCUAUUGCAGCAGGCAGCCUGAUCAACAACAAGCCAACCAUGGGUCAGUGGCAGAUUGUUUUCUUCAUAGCCGCCUUUGUGUACAUCAUUUGCGGUACCUUCUACAACCUCUUCGGUUCCGGGGAGCGGCAAUGGUGGGACAAUCCCGAGAAUGACGCCGCCAAGGAGAGCCUUAGCAAUGGUAACGGUGCCGCUGCAAACUCACCAAGGCUGAGUCACAAUUCGGCGGCGGUGGCGGCGAUCACCGCAAACGAGUCCAGGCAAUAAUAGAAGGACCCGAGUCCGUUGCCGAUUACCCACUACAUCUAGUUUAGUACCUAACUACUUUGUUUUAGUUAUGUUAAGCUUAAAAUUGUUAUAGCACGACUCUCCGUGCACCUAAAAAAUAAAAAGACAAUAAUCGAGAAUGUAA